AUGGAACAGUCGCUGGAACGAUUGGACCAGGAGAUUACGCUACACUUACAGCAAAUAGACUCCAAUCUCAGCUAUUGCUUCAACAAGAUUUCGCAGGAUGUUAUCCCGCAUGUCACGAAAUAUGGCAGCGUGUGCGACCAAGUGAUGGACAGUAGCAACUGGCUCAAAAUCAUGUUCCAAGAGGCUGGAAACCUCCAGAUAGACGCUGUCGCGGGUAAUGAGCCCACUGCGGCGACCGCAGGAUCACAGCUGCAAAGUGGCGACCAAAACUCUAUGCAAUCGCUGUUCCCCGGGAAGCCCCGUCUAAGUCCCGACUCUUCGAGCGUGAUGGUGCCACCUUCAUUAGUUCAGAACUCUAUGGGUGCGCCGGACGCCUCUGCUACAACCACCACCACCACUGGCCAGAUUCUACGGCUACCAGACUCAAGCGAUGAGGAACGCGAUGCCCGCGAAAACGACAACCACGACUCUAAUUCCGCCAGCAACACCGAAACAGCGCACGUAGGCGCUGAUCUCAAUCCUAGCCGCUCCGCAGACCCGGACGGUAGUACCAUACAACGUCAGCGUCGCAAACGCAAGCUUUCUCUCCUUUUGCAACAACAGUUUGGCUCCAGUUCCAGCAGCGUGGCCCCGUCACCCGCCCAGCUUCAAAGACCUGCCACGACCAACAAUCUAGAUAGCUCGCCUAUCCGCAAGGAGAGCACCAAGCAAUCCAACUUCGUGGAGCCAGGGACUGUCAUCUACUUCCCAACACGGGACGAAACCUAG